AUGGACAGAAAACAUGGGAAAUACAUAGUGAAUAUUGAACACUCUGGAAACCAGCCGGAGAGUAUUGGUGGCACCACUCGGCCAUUUCUGAGCACAAAAAACCAUGAAGCUCACAGUUCAGCAUGUCGGUUUCCAGCAUCAACUAAUGUAGCUAGUGAUAUUGGUACCAAUUUAACUAAUGUCUGCACCAAUACAGGGACCCUUGGAGACCCGGAAUUUCCAAACAGAGAAUUACAACAUUGUCAGGUGACACGAAAUUUCUUUAGUGACUGGUCUCUGUGGAAAAUCUUCCUGGUUUGUCUCUUAGCCUGUGUGAUAACAACAGCAAUUGGAGUACUCAUAGUGUCUUUGGUGUAUAAUGGGAAAAACAAUAAUGCCUCCAUUGUUAUCCACUUUCCCUCAAACCAUGAGACAACCUCAUCUGCAACUGAAACUAGUUCUGAGCCUAUAAUUCCCACUACCAUAACAAAUUCUACCACACCACCCACUUCAACUACCAUCACUACAACCACUGGUCGCCCUUCAACAGAAUCUACUAGUGCAGCAACCAGUGCUCAAACAGAAACCACAACAGCAGAAGGCAACACUUUAUCUGAAACCACUACAACAAUGACUUCAGGCACUACAACUGAGGCUACAACCAUAACCAUCACUACUGCUUCUAUAGCAUCUAGAACUACCACAAUAGCAGACAAAACUUCAGCUGAACCUACUGUCACCACAGCAGCCACCACCUCAGCAGAGCUACCUACCACAACUGCCAGAACUACCACAGAGGCUUCAACCGCAACAGCCACCAGUACUACUUCCACUGAAUCUUCAACCACCACAGCAGCUACCACAUCAGGCAAACCAACAGCCAAAACAACUUCUGGCACUACCUCUGAGGCUACCACCACAAUGGCCAUUGCUACAACUUCUACUGAACCUUCAACCACCACAGAAGCUACCACUUCAACUGAACCCACCACCACCACAGUAACCACCACGUUUACAGGGCCAACUACUGCAACCACUGCCAGCACUGCUACUGAAGCUACAACCACUAUUAUCAGUACUGCUUCGGCUCACUAUACAACUGCCACAGCAGCAGAAAGCACUUCAACUGAAGCUAUAACCAGCACAGCAGCCACCACUGCAGCAGGACCACCUACCACACCUGCCAGCACCACCACUGUGGCUAUCACUACAACAGCCACCACGACAGCUUCUACUGUACCAACAGCCACCACAACAGCUACCAUUUCAACUGAACCAACUAUCUCAACCACUGCUAGCACGACUGAGGCUACAACCAGAUCUUACACCACUACUGCUUCUAUUGAACCUACAACCACCACAGCAAUAGCUACCACUUCAACUGAAUCUACAACCAAAGCAGCAACCACAACUACUGUCAGCACUACCACUGAGGAUACAACCAUACCUGACACCACUAUUGCUUCUACUGAACCUAUAGCCACCACAGCAAUAGUUACCACUUCAACCAAACCUACAACAGAAGCAACAACCACAACUACAGCCAGCACUACCAGUGAGGCUACAACCACAUCUGUCACCACUACUGCUUCUACUGAACCUACAACCACAAGAGCAACAGAUACCACUUCAACUGAAUCUACAACUGAAACAACAACCACAACUACUGCCAGCACUACCACUGAGGCUACAACCAUAUCUGACACCACUGCUGCUUCCACUGAACCUAUAACCACCACAGCAACACAUACCUCUUCAACUGAACCUACAACUGAGGCAACAACUGCAACUACUGCCAGUACAACCACCAAGUCUACCACCACAACAGCCACCACUACAACUUCUACUGAACCUGCAAUCACAACAACAGCCACCUCGUCAAGUGCACCAGCUGCCACCACAACUUCUACCACUACCCCUGAGGCUACAACCACGUCAGACACCACUACUAUUUCUGCAGAACCUAUGACCACCACAGCAAAAGAUACUACUUCAACUGAACUUACAACCACAACAGCAGCCCCCACUACAACUGAAAUGACUACCACAACAACUGCUAGCAGUACCCCUGUGACUACAACCACACAGGUCACCAAUACCACUUCUACCACAUCUGCAACUACAAUGGCAACAGAAACCACUGCAAGUGAACCAACUACCACAAACACUGCCAGCACUGCCACUGAGUCUACAACCAUUUCUGACACCACUACUGCUUCUACUGAACCUAUAGCCACCACAGCAAUAGUUACUACUUCAACCGAAGCUACAACAGAAGCAACAACCACAACUACAGCCAGCACUACCAGUGAGGCUACAACCACAUCUAUCACCACUACUGCUUCUACUGAAUCUACAACCACAAGAGCAACAGAUAGCACUUCAACUGAACCUACAACUGAAACAACAACCACAACUACUGCCAGCACUACCACUAAGGCGACAACCACACCGGCCACCAGUACCACUUCCACCACAUCUACAACCACCAUGGCAGCAGAAACCACUUCAAGUGAACCAACUACCCCAAACACUUCCAGCACUACUGAGGCUACAACCAUAUCUGACACCACUGCUGCUUCCACUGAACCUAUAACCACCACAGCAACACAUAUCUCUUCAACUGAACCUACAACUGAAGCAACAACUACAACUACUGACAAUACGACCACCAAGUCUACCACCACGACAGCCACCACUACAACUUCUACUGAACCUGCAGUCAUAACAACAGCCACCUCGUCAAGUGCACCAGCUGCCACCACAACUUCUACCACUACCCCUGAGGCUACAACCACGUCAGACACCACUAGUGUUUCUGCAGAUCCUAUGACCACCACAGCAACCGAUACUACUUCAACUGAACUUACAACCACAACAGCAGCCCCCACUACAACUGAAAUGACUACCACAACAACUGCUAGCAGUACCCCUGUGACUACAACCACACAGGUCACCAAUACCACUUCUACCACAUCUGCAACUACAAUGGCAACAGAAACCACUGCAAGUGAACCAACUACCACAAACACUGCCAGCACUGCCACUGAGUCUACAACCAUUUCUGACACCCCUACUGCUUCUACUGAACCUAUAGCCACCACAGCAAUAGUUACUACUUCAACCGAAGCUACAACAGAAGCAACAACCACAACUACAGCCAGCACUACCACUGAGACUACAACCACAUCUAUCACCACUACUGCUUCUACUGGAACUACAACCACAAGAGCAACAGAUACCACUUCAACUGAACCUACAACUGAAACAACAACCACAACUACUGCCAGCACUACCACUGAGGCUACAACCACACCGGCCACCAGUACCACUUCCACCACAUCUACAACCACCAUGGCAGGAGAAACCACUUCAAGUGAACCAACUACCCCAAACACUUCCAGCACUACUGAGGAUACAACCAUAUCUGACACCUCUGCUGCUUCCACUGAACCUAUAACCACCACAGCAACACAUAUCUCUUCAACUGAACCUACAACUGAAGCAACAACUGCAACUACUGACAGUACAACCACCAAGUCUACCACCACAACAGCCACCACUACAACUUCUACUGAACCUGCAAUCACAACAACAGCCACCUCGUCAAGUGCACCAGCUGCCACCACAACUUCUACCACUACCCCUGAGGCUACAACCACGUCAGACACCACUACUAUUUCUGCAGAGCCUAUGACCACCACAACAACCGAUACUACUUCAACUGAACCUACAACCACAACAGCAGCCCCCACUACAACUGAAAUGACUACCACAACAACUGCUAGCAGUACCCCUGUGACUACAACCACACAGGCCACCAGUACCACUUCUACCACAUCUGCAACUACGAUGGCAACAGAAAUCACUGCAAGUGAACCAAUUACCACAAACACUGCCAGCACUGCCACUGAGUCUACAACCAUUUCUGACACCACUAUUGCUUCUACUGAACCUAUAACCAUCACAGCAAUAGCUACCACUUCAACCAAACCUACAAUUGAUGCAACCACCACAACUACUGCCGGCACUACCACUGAGGCUACAACCACAAUAGCCACCACCACUGCUUCUACCAAAUCUACAACUACCACAGUAGCAGACACUACUUCAGCUGAGCCUACUACCACUACAUCUGCCACCACAUCAACUGAACUACCUACCACAACUGCCAGCAGUACCACUGUGGCUAUCACUAUAACAGCCACCACGAUGGCUUCUACUGGACCAACAGCCACCACAGCAGCUAUCACUUCAACUGAACCAACUAUCUCAACCACUGCCAGUACUACUGAGGCUACAACAACCACUAUCUCUACUGCUUCUACUGAAUCUACAGCCACCACAUCAGUAGAAACCACUUCAAGUGAACAUACAACUGAAGCAACAACCACAACUACUGGCAGCACUACCACUGCGGCUAUCACUACAAUGGCCACCAUGACGGGUACUACUGGACCAACAGCUACCACAACAAUUACCACUUCAACUGAACCAACUGCCCUAACCACUGCCAGCACUGCUGAGGCUACAACCAUAUCUGACACCACUGCUGCUUCCACUGAACCUAUAACCACCACAGCAACACAUACCUCUUCAACUGAACCUACAACUGAAGCAACAACCACAACUACAGCCAGCACUACCAGUGAGGCUACAACCACAUCUGUCACCACUACUGCUUCUACUGGAACUACAACCACAAGAGCAACAGAUACCACUUCAACUGAACCUAUAACUGAAACAACCACAACUACUGCCAGCACUACCACUGAGGCUACAACCACACCGGCCACCAGUACCACUUCCACCACAUCUACAACCACCAUGGCAGCAGAAACCACUUCAAGUGAACCAACUACCCCAAACACUUCCAGCACUACUGAGGCUACAACCAUAUCUGACACCACUGCUGCUUCCACUGAACCUAUAACCACCACAGCAACACAUACCUCUUCAACUGAACCUACAACUGAAGCAAUAACCACAACUACAGCCAGCACUACCAGUGAGGCUACAACCACAUCUGUCACCACUACUGCUUCUACUGAACCUACAACCACAAGAGCAACAGAUACCACUUCAACUGAACCUAUAACUGAAACAACCACAACUACUGCCAGCACUACCACUGAGGCUACAACCACAACAGCCACCACUACAACUUCUACUGAACCUGCUGUCACAACAACAGCCACCUCGUCAAGUGCACCAGCUGCCACCACAACUUCUACCACUACCUCUGAGGCUACUAACACGUCAGAUACCACUACUGUUUCUGCAGAACCUAUGACCACCACAGCAACCGAUACUACUUCAACUGAACUUACAACCACAACAGCAGCCCCCACUACAACUGAAAUGAUUACCAAAACAACUGCUAGCAGUACCUCUGUGGCUACAACCACAGAGACCCCCAGUACCACUUCCACCACAUCUACAACCACCAUGGCAGGAGAAACCACUUCAAGUGAACCAACUACCUCAAACACUUCCAGCACUACUGAGGCGACAACCAUAUCUGACACCACUUCUGCUUCCACUGAACCUAUAACCACCACAGCAACACAUACCUCUUCAACUGAACCUACAACUGAAGCAAUAACCACAACUACAGCCAGCACUACCACUGAGUCUACCACCACAACAGCCACCACUACAACUUCUACUGAACCUGCUGUCACAACAACAGCCACCUCGUCAAGUGCACCAGCUGCCACCACAACUUCUACCACUACCCCUGAGGCUACUAACACGUCAGAUACCACUACUGUUUCUGCAGAACCUAUGACCACCACAGCAACCGAUACUACUUCAACUGAACUUACAACCACAACAGCAGCCCCCACUACAACUGAAAUGAUUACCAAAACAACUGCUAGCAGUACCUCUGUGGCUACAACCACAGAGACCCCCAGUACCACUUCUACCACACCUGCAACCACGAUGGCAACAGAAACCACUGCAAGUGAACCAACUACCACAAACACGGCCACUACUGCCACUGAGUCUACAACCAUGUCUGACACCACUACUGCUUCUACUGAACCUAUAGCCACCACAGCAAUAGUUACCACUUCAACCGAACCUACAACAGAAGCAACAACCACAACUACAGCCAGCACUACCAGUGAGGCUACAACCACAUCUAUCACCACUACUGCUUCUACUGAACCUACAACCACAAGAGCAACAGAUACCACUUCAGCUGAACCUACUACCUCUACAUCUGCCACCACAUCAAUAGAACCACCUACCACAACUGUCAGCAGUACCACUGCAGCUAUCACUACAAUAGCCACCACAACAGCUACCACUUCAACUGAACCAACUAUCUCAACCACUGCCAGCACUACUGAGGCUACAACCACCAGUACUUCUAUUGCUUCUACUGAAUCUACAACUGCCACAUCAGCAGAAACCACUUCAGCUGAAGCUACAACCAGCACAGCUGCCACUACCUCAAUAGGACCAACUACCAGUACUGCCAGUGCUACCACUGAGGCUACAACCACAUAUGUCACCACUACUGCUUCUACUGAACCUACAACUGAAGCAACAACCACAACUACUGCCAGUACGACCACCGAGUCUACCACCACAACAGCCACCACUACAACUUCUACUGAACCUGCAAUCACAACAACAGCUACCUCGUCAAGUGCACCAGCUGCCACCACAACUACCCCUGAGACUACAACCACGUCAGACACCACUACUGUUUCUGCAGAGCCUAUGACCACCACAGCAACCGAUACUACUUCAACUGAACCUACAACCACAACAGCAGCCCCUACUACAACUGAAACAACUACCACAACAACUGCUAGCAGUACCCCUGUGGCUACAGCCACAGAGGCCACCAGUACCACUUCUACCACAUCUGCAACUACGAUGGCAACAGAAAUCACUUCAAAUAAACCAACUACCACAAACACUGCCAGCACUGCCACUGAGUCUACAACCAUAUCUUACACCACUACUGUUUCUACUGAACCUACAACCACCACUUCAAUACCUACCACUUCAACUGAACCUACAACUGAAGCAACCACCACAACUACUGCCAGCACCAUCACUGAGGCUACAACCACAAUAGCCACUACCACCAUUUCUACCGAAUCUACAACCACCACAGUAGCAGACACCACUUCAGCUGAGCCUACUACCACUACAUCUGCCACCACAUCAAUAGAACCACCUACCACAACUGUCAGCAGUGCCACUGCAGCUAUCACUACAACAGCCACCACUACAGCUACUACUUCAACUGAACCAACUAUCUCAACCACUGCCAGCACUACUGAGGCUACAACCUCCAGUAUUUCUACUGCUUCUACUGAAUCUACAACUGCCACAUCAGCAGAAACCAUUUCAACUGAAGCUACAACCAGCACAGCUGCCACUACUUCAACAGGACCAACUACCAGUACUGCCAGUGCUACCACUGAGGCUACAACCACAACAGCCACGACUACAACUUCUACUGAACCUGCAACCACAACAACAGCCACCUCAUCAAGUGCACCAGUUGCCACCACAGCGCCCAGCACUACCCCUGAGGCUACAACCACAUCAGAUACCACUGUUUCUGCAGAACCUAUGACCACCACAACAAUUGAUACUUCAUCUAGACCUACAACCACAACUGCAGCCCCCACUACAACUAAAACGACUACCACAACUACUGUUGGCAGUACCCCUGCAGCUACAACCACACAGUCCACCAGUACCACUUCUACCACAUCUGCAACCAUGAUGGCAACAGAAACCACUGCAAGUGAACCAACUACCACAAACACUGCCAGCACUGCUACUGAGUCUACAACCAUUUCUGACACCACUAUUGCUUCUACUGAACCUAUAACCAGUGAGGCUACAACCACAGCAGCUACCGGUACUGCCUCCAUUCCAUCUACAACCACUUUAUCAGCAGAAACCACUUCAAGUAAACCAACUACCACACCUACUGCCAGCACUUCUAUUGAGGCUACAAACACAGCAGCCACCAGUCAGUCUUCUACUGAACCUGCUACCACCAUUUCAAGUUAAUCAACUGCCACAAUAAUUUCCAGUGCUAUCUGUAAGACAGCAACCAUGUGGGACAACACCACUGCUUCUACUAAACCUAUAUUCACCACAGUCACUGAUAUCAUUUCAAAUAAACCCACCACCACAGCAGCAGCUCCACUUCAACAGAACAGAUUUCCACAACUGCUGCCAGCGCUACCCCUGUGGCCAUAAUCACAAUUACCACUAGCUCCUCUAUUGAACUUAUAAUCACCACAGCAGGCACCUACCACAACAGCUACCCACACUACUACUCAGACCCAAUGGUUACUACUACUUCUAUCUAAUCUACAACCGCUGUGCAGCCACCACCUUGUCACAAGUAUGAAUGCCAUCUUUUAAUUUGAACCUACUGCCAUAACUGCAGGCAUUGUGCCUUCAUCGAAAUUGCACUACAAGUACAAUUAUAUUUUCUAUUGCACCUAUAGAUAUGAGUUGCAUAUUUACUGGGCCUGUGAUCACAAUAACUUCUACUGAAUCUACUGUUAUAGCUUAUAGUACCAUUUCAACUUUUUCUUAUCCAUUCUGACAACCCCUGUCACUCCAGCUUAAGGUACAACUAUAAACCAUUCAACAAAUUCAACUCAAAUUUGAAAAAUUUCCAUUUAAAUGAAUGUGUAAUUAGCAUCAGUUUAACAGAAUCUCCAGACACCAAUACUUGUUCUUCAACUGAAUGUACGUUGCCCACAGUAAGUAUAUGAAUCUAGUGACUCAAUUAGUGACUGAAUCUAGUUUGCUUUCUGAUUCAACUAAAACAUCAUUUCCUACCUCCACUGCCACACCUCAAUAAGAAUAAAAUCAACACAGAUGCUAACCCCACUGACUUUACAGACACAAUAGCAUGACUUCAGCUGAAUUUAUAAUCUCCAUAACCAAUAUUACCUGUUAAUAGAAAAUUAUCAUCACCUUCUAAGUAACCUAUUACAGUGCAAUUAGCAAUUUCACUGCCCCUUCAAAUGAGUGUAUAGUGUGACAACAUUAACAAAAUAUGCUAGUACUGUAACUUUUCAUAUUUCACAGUAGGUACCACCACAUUUAUUGUUCACACAGUCAUGCUACCAUUUCCAUGCACCAUCAUUUCUACUGUACUUACUACUACAAUAUCUAUCACUAAACCCUUCACCUGAAUUUAUAAGCACUGUAACUUCUGUUGACAUGUUAUUCAAAGCCAUCCAUUACUUAUUCAUCUGAACCAAACACUGCCUCUAUUAAUAGUAAAUACAGUAGAUCACAUCAUCACUCCCACUUGACAGAAAUGGCAAAUUCAUAAUGGCCUUUUAAUCGCAGCUGUAGUUAAGAUGCUUGCAAAUUAAAUCUUAACAUCCACUGUCAUUACUUCCAUACCAGAACCUAUAUCUACUAUUGGUAACUAUAGAUUCCAUAGCCAUCAACCACCAACAUAUAACUACAAAUAACUGCUCUAAAAUAGGAUUUACUUAAUGACCAAUUCAACUGUCAUCAUAAUGAUAAUGAGUUUCACCCCUAAAACAGCAUUAAGAUUUAACAAUAACAUUAAUUUGACCUAACCAUUUAAUAUGAAGAGUCUCUAGUUUGUGAAGUUUUAAAUAGUACAAUUUUCAUACAAAAUAAAUCCAAUCUAUUUAUUUAUGUUGGAAACUUGUUAUGUUUCAAUAAAAUGUUACCAGUGAAAUAUGAAUACAGUCAUUUAUUAUUCUAAAGUUUUAGUCUUUAAUAUACAAAUUCCAUAUGUAAUAGGAAAUGGAUAUUCUAUUUGGUGAGAGUAUGUGAAAGAUGUGUAUGUAUUACCACAAUUUUUAAAGAUUGUGUAAAUUUAUUUUUAGUCCAUUUUCUCUUUAAAUUAUUUUAAUUUAAGUAAUAUUUAUAGGUGUGUUAUUUUCAAUUUAAUAAACUUGUUUUCUAUUGAUCUUAAAAAUCAACUCAAUUAAAUAUGUUGAGUAAAUAUUUACUUGUGCCUGCUAUCUGCUGAAAUAGUAGAGACUAUUCAGAAAAAGAAACUAGCAAUGGAGAUAGUAAUAAACUUACCAAUUUCUAUUAUUUAGAAUUCUUGACAAUUGACAAGUUUAAGUUAGUGUUAACUUACAUGGUAGGUACUUGUCUUCCACUGAAGUGGAAAGCAGUCCCAGUGAAUCAGAAUCAUUGAGGAUGAGCCAUAAAUCUAUAUUUUUCAAAAAGUAUGCAGAUGGGACUGAUAACCAGUAGUUGAAGCAGUAAACCCACGUGGGCAUUGUGACUUGUUACAUCUCUUGGAUGGGGUUAAUGAGGUUGAUAGAAAUCAGAAAAUAUUUUUUUUAAGCAUUAACAAAAGUCAGUUGCCAUAUGUUGGUGUUAAUUGUACCUGUAAACAAAGAAUGGCUGUAUAGUGUGUAGGCACAUGAGCACAUGGUUGGGAGUCAGCAGGAAGUGCUCUUCUUACUCAAAAGGAAACAUGUAUUUUCAGCAACUUAAAACAAAUAU